GCGGAGACCCGUGCCGGGCGAGUGAUCGAGACGUUCCCCAUCGAGCUUCAGGCGAGAUUCAAGAGCAUCAGGCACCUGACCGACGAGAGCGACGGCCUCAGUCAAGUUAUUGACCAUCUUAAGUUGCUCAACGGGGAGCGUCCAGGGGAUAAAGAGCGUGAGGCGCACAAUCAGGCACUCUUUGACUACGCGAUAAAGAAAGGAGAGACCCUCACGGACUACGUGAUCAGGCGAGAUCAACAGAUUGCGGCCGCAGAGCGGCUGGGUCUGACACUUCCCGACACAGUGAAGGCCAGGUACUACGAGGAAAGAGCUAACUUACCCCCCCAGCUUCGACUCAACCUGAGGACCCUGAUGGCUGGUAAGAGGACCGUGGAGGCUGUUCGCGCUGCCCAACUGGAACUGGACAUCACCGAGAGGCAGACGCUCCCGAAGGCGCCGGCACCUGCUCAGGCCAGGACCUUCGCGACCACGGUACCGGUGCUCGACGAGGCUGGGGAUUACGAGUGCGACGCAUGUGACGACAACGAGUGUUUCGGGCUCUAUGAGAUGGAGUUCGACGAGCAGGAGCUUGCCACCAUUCUCAUUUCGCUGGACUCACAGGACCUUGACGAGGAGCAUAUCAUGGAUGUGUUUGCUGAGGCAGAUAGGUUGAAGUCCGAGUCGUCACGACCGGCGGCGGCCAACAAGGGCUCGGAUAAGAAGCCAGCGCAGACCUCGUUCUACUUCAAUUUGGACUACGACGCGAGUCACUCAGGGACGAGCUGGGCAGCGGUUCUGGAUGAGUCGGGCCAGGUGGGCUCGCUCUCCGCUGCCGCCGCGACUGCGGGUCAGGUGGGCCAGCAGGAGCGCGACCUGGGUCAGGUGGAUCUGGAGGCGCUCGCGGCGGCAACGCUGCAGGACAUGGACGAGUACGCGCUGGUAGACACCGCUGCUGGACAGGCUCUGAUAGGCACACCAGACAUCGACAAGUUGAAGGCUGCUUUCAAGAAAAAGGGUUUCGAGAUACACUUUGUCGAUACCGACGAGGUUCCCACGGCGAACGGAGUUGGAGGAAAAGUCAAGCCAGUCGGAGUUGCAGCAGUUCCGGUGUCGCUUCAGCAUUGUGGAGUGGUGGAGUUCUUGGUCCUCCCGCAUCCUUGCCCUCCUCUGCUUCCGGCGAAGUUUCUCGAUUUUCUGAAGUCCGUGAUAGAUCUGCGUCGUAACGUGAUGACGAUCGGAGAAGAUGGGAAUCGACGUGAUUUGGAUCUGCUUAAGCUUCCUUCGGGGCAUCGAGCAGUAUCAUUGAUAGGAUGCAAGCCGAGCGAAUUCGCCAUUAGUGAGGAUCUGGCCAGCAAAUUUCCGCCUUUCGUCGUUAAUGCAGGUCGUGGUGAUGUCUGGGCCGAGAUCCCGAUGGCGCUCCAGGACUGCUGGGUUCAGGUUCCAGGUGCUGUUCGUCGAGUGCACGUGGGUCCUCGCCGUGAGCCUUUCAGCUUCGCCGAGGCUGAGCCGCCACCUGUUCCAGUCUCGCAGUCUGGACCGGGCCGUGUCACGUACCAGAUGCUCGACAGUGAGUCUUCCGCUUGCAGCGUCGUCGAGAGCAUCUGGGUCAAAGGCGCCCCGGGCGAGGUCCUGAGCUUCACGGGCCGCUGGAUCGGGUGCGCCGAGUUCCCGAUCGAGUGCUCGGACCAG